GACGCGGCUUGGCUUAAGGAAGCAGCUUCAUCAGUGGUAAAUUUAGUUCUUCACAAAGGCUUGAAAAAAACUACAGCUCACAUUGGAAGCUUUGGGUACCAUGCCUUGCUUGUUAAUGGAAUUACGUACCUAUGUGCCACAAACAACACCUUAGACAGCACAGUACCAUUUGCCUUUCUUAAAGAGAUUUGCAAAGCUUUCAUUAGUAGUCCCUUUAUAUCACAAGUGACCUUUGCUCAUCCUUUUGAAUUCAAUGCAGAUUUUCAACAAGUUCUGGGAAAAUACAUGAUGGAAUACAAUAGGAAGUCAGGCAAUAUUACAGUUUCUACUCUCCAAAUUCAAGUUGAUGAUGUAAAAAAUGUUAUGACUCAAAAUAUUGAUAAGGUAUUACAAAGAGAAGAAAAGUUGAGCGAGCUUGUUGACAGAACAGAUGAUCUCCAAACAGUGGCCCAAUCCUGCAACUGGAUCAAUACAGGUGGAUCCUUGUGCCACACAGAAUGGAGAGCCACUUGCAAAGAGUCUGGUGAAGGAACUGGGCUUGACCAAAAAUUAGUCUCUACUGCUAAUGGAGGACUAGACCUGUUUUUCAUGGGUAAAGAGCAUGUUACAAAUACCAACAGUUAUGAUACAUCUUUAUAAGAGUAGAGCGGUUACACUAAAGUACUAGCAUGCUGUUGUGGAAAACCCAACUUUUGCAUCUUCCCAGUCAGGUUGAAUAUGCACACAGCUAAGUAGUUGGAGUUUUGUCUAAAUAGACAGGAAGAGGUAAAAAUGAGAAGCCAGGAGCAAAUUAGAGAGCAACGUAAGAGCUUAACUGUAGUGCUCACAGUAGGAGCUUCUGACGUUCUGUGGAACUCUAUCCCUAAAAUCCUCCAGUAGAUUAUCAAGUGUUCUAUUGUCUGGCAGUUUAUAAACAUCACACUACUAUUACAUUGGCUAGCAAUGGCCUGAGACCAGGAACCCGUUUCUAUCAGCCUCUACCACUGUCGUUUACAAAUAAACUCAUUUUGUUGAUGCUGCCUAAGAUCAGAGUUAUUGGGAGCAGUGGUGCAGGAACACUUAAUAGUGGGGUGCUGAAAACCAGCCCUCUUGCCCAUGUCUGCUCUCCCCAGCUGGGGGUGAGCACAGGGAUCAGGGCUAGUAGCUGGGACCUCAGGCAUGGGAUAUGUAGGGGAGCCCUGGCUAAAACCUGCAGCACUCCCAUAGCUCUUGUUCCCACACCUAUGAUUAGAAGAGGAAAUGAAAACCUUCUAAGCUUUGUCUCUAACCUUCAUUUUGACUUACAUUUACCCUUUACAUCAGGAUGGGGAACUUUUUUUGGGUCGGGGGCCGCUGACCCACAGAAAAAUCAGUCAGGAGGAAGGCAGUGGGGGUUGGAAUGCCAGGGCGGGCUCCCUGAUGCUGGGGUGGGGAGGAGCCCCGAGGGCUGCAUCCAGACAAGCUGUGGACCACAUCUGGCCCUUGGGUCUUAGUUCCCCACCCCGAUUUACACAUACCCAUUCUCUCCUUACCUGAUGGCCAGCAGUCACAAGUAGGAAGAUAGAAGGGAUUGUAAAAAAGUAAUGUGAAUACUAGUCAUGUUGUCACGUUAAAAUAGUAUAAAGUGAUAUGAUGCAUUUUUAAAAAACAUGAACUCAAUUAAUUGAAUUAACAGUUCAUAUCCAUGUAUAGCAUAGAAAUGUAAAUAUACUAAUAGGCCUACUUUUUCCACCACCACCAAGAGUCUUCCAGGGAUGAAAUUCCACAGUUCAUAAAAUAGCAUUAACUUUACAUUUUAAGUAUAAAUCAUCUACAUCCUGAAAACAUUUAAUAUAUGAUUUAAUCUUGUGUGAUGAUGCUGGGAAAAUCCAGUUCCUGAAACAUUAACUUCAUC